AUGGAGAAUACUAGACCCAGAAAGAAAAUGAAACUGCCAAAAAUGAUUCAGGCGGAAAUGGUGAAGACACCAGCACCUGAUAAAUUUAUCGGCUGGUUUUCAGACGAGUUCGAAGAACAUGCUUUUUGGAAGUCGAAAAAACGAUUUUCGCUUCAUGGGAACAAGACAAUGCGACAAUUCAUAGUUUACAUGGCAUUUGGUUGCUUCUUUUGGGGAAGCAUCGUCGGCAUAACAAACUACUAUUCCUUCCUUGAAUCUCAAAUUCAACCAACAUAUUUGACGAACAUUUGCCAGCUCGGAUUCAAGAAAUGCAUCAAAACGAACGAAAUGGACUACUGUGCGCACUUGCUUCAUGGUUGCAUUGGAACCGGAAAUUUUACUCAACCAGAUGCGGCUUCUUUACCAAAUAGGGUGACUCAGCCAGCGUUAACUUUUACGGAUAGAGAAAAUGAGAUCAAUCAAGUUCGAUGCAAGAAAAAAAAGUUCUAUGCCAUGGUUUUUUAA